GGGACUCAGUCCAACAUGGCGGAGUACAGUCAGGGCGGCCUCUUGGCGGCUCUGCUGCUCUUCACCGCCCUCACGGCCCGGGACGUGUAUCUCGGCAGAUCGAGCCCUCAGCGCGGACACUCUCCAGCCGACAGCCUCGGCCUCUCCUCGGCCACGGAGCCCGAGAGACCCGCCAAACCCUCCGUGUACACCGGCCCGGUGCUCCGGUUCCAGUACUGUAUCUCCUGAGGUUACAGCAAAGUGUUCCAGGACUACUCUCUCACCAUCAGCAGACUGUACCCGGACAUCCGCAUCGAGGGAGAGAACCACCCCCCCACCCCCUUCAACAGGUGUGUCGGUCACAUGACCUCCUACCUGAAGCUCAUCUCCAUCCUCCUGAUCGUCAGCGGUCAGAACCCCUUCCUGCUCCUCGGCCUCCAGACGCCUCGGGCCUGGGUCUGGAGUCAAGACAACAAGAUCUUCUCCUGUCUCAUGGCCUUCUUCCUCUGUAACAUGAUGGAGACUCACUUCCUGUCCACUGGAGCCUUCGAGGUCACUUUGAACGAUGUUCCCAUCUGGUCGAAGCUUCAAUCGGGUUACGUCCCGAACAUCCAAGAGAUUUGUCAGAUCCUCGACAACCACCUGAAGAUGAACCAGGUUGAUCACAUGACCUUCUCCUCCACUUAGAUCAACACACACAGCCGUGGUGCGUUCAGGUGUCCCGGCUCAGGUUGCCGUUCAGCCGGUGGCGUUUAUGAAGGUCUGGCCCUAAAGCAGACUCUGUGGGGCCCGGCCGGAUGUCCCUUCGCCACGAAACGAGCGCUCCCUUUGCAUCUGGUCACAGCUCAGCAAUACAGUACCCACAAUGCACCUGGUCACCAGUGGCUUAUGCUGAAGACUGUUGGUUCAGGCUUAUUUUAUUUAUUUAGUAAGGUACCAGUGUUAGCUUCAUGCUAACGUGAAGUAGCCGACAGGAAACAGAAAUAAACUGAUGAAGUGUUUGUUUUCAUGAACGUUGUCAAAAUAAAAUCUAAAAUGGAUGAAAUAAAA